AGUACUCCGAAUGCUUGCAACAAUUCACAUAUACAGAUUUGUAUGUGCUUCAGGCUCUCUGCACAUUCUUCAGUUCAGACUGGAAUCAUUUGACAGAAAAGGAUAAAUAAUGGCAACUACAAGCAACAAAGAGUUUCAUCUUGCUGUCCCUGAAGCUCAGAGUAUUGAGGUGAAACUGGGGUCAUCUGUCAGUGUUCGGUGUCUCCUGUCUCCUGAAAUCAGUGCUGUUGACCUGGAGAUCAGAUGGUUUAAGGAGACAGAGUGUGUGUGUCUCUAUAAGAACAGAGAAGUGACUGAAGGAAGGAGUUAUGAGGGCAGAACAGGUCUGCCCACUGAAGAGCUGAAGAGAGGAAACGUGUCCCUAAACCUGAGAGAUUUCAGAGAAUCAGACAUGGGUGUUUACCUGUGUCAGGUCAUUAGCGAAGACAGAACUGAAGAGAAAACUGUAGAGGUGGAAAGAGCCAAGAAAGAUUCUGAUGCCCAACCUGUAAAUCAAACAUCAAAGAUUCAAGGUACACAAGUCCAUCUGACACUGCAAGAGAACUUCAAGUGAAUUAUGCGAAGCUACUCCACCAAACGAUGUUUAAGGUGUUCGAAAACCAGGGGAAAAAACUGGAACAAACUGAACUACAGUUAAAAACAACCAAGAAGGAUUUGGAAAGAGUCUCACAACAGCUGGAAACCAUCACAGAAAAGUUUGGUCUACAAAAUAAAAAAGACGUUGAUAUGAAAGAGUCACAAAUAGAAAAACACCUGCAACAAAUAACUAAGUUUGUUGAAGAGAAACAGAUUCAGCUUAAAGAGAAAGACACACAACUGGAAAAUGUGAGCAAACAGAUGAGUGAGAAAGAAAAACUACUGGAGGACACAAUCAAAGAGAUGAAAACCAGCAAACAACAGCUAGAGGUACUGACACAGGAGCAAAGCAAUCUUAAG